AUUUCAGUUGCCUUUUAUACAAUUAACGGUUUGAGAGAGAUGUUGUGCAUAAAAUGUUUUCAUUUACUUUAUUUUCCAAAUCCCUCCUAUUAUGCCGUUGCCAAAUGAAUUCUUCCAGUCUCGCGAUUCUAUCACUCUAAUCUCGCGGUGUAGUCGAGGCGUCUUUGCUGCUAAAGUUGAAAAGUGUGCUGAAAAUGUUGUAUCAAGGAGUUUAUAACUCCGUAACUGUAUUUGUUUUAUAAUGUUUUGGGGUGAAUACGUAUAUAUUUUUAGCAAACUAUCAGACAGCUCAUUUAGCAGUUUUACUGGUAUCGUCAAGCUCUUUCCCAGGCUUGAGUAAAUUGUCCAGAAAAGUGAAUUCAAUAUUUGGCUUGUGACCUAACGUUGCCAUUUUUGUCUGUCAGUUCCACCAAAUAAAUUAUAUCGGACUCCACCACUGAGUUUAGUAGCUGGUCAGUGUCCAGAGCUGGAAGACUGGCACACAGGAGUUUUAACCGCUAUCUUGCCUGUCAGUCCUGAUAAGCAGAGAGCUGUUCUCCAAAAGCAUCCUCAUAUCAGAGAAAAGCAGUUCGUGUUAUGUUAACCGUUAGAUAAAUAAAUGGACACAAAUCCACGUGCAUUAGGACAGCCUGUUCCUUCCUGGUGUAUGUCGUGCGUCACAAGUGACGUAACUUCUGGGUAGGAUUUGUACUGUGCUGAACGUGUUCAAAGGUUUAUACAAUGUUACAAAAGGAAUUCCACUGGGAUCUGCUACGAGCUCUUCAACUUUCCAAUCGUGUAGCAGAAUGCCUUGUGAGUUAAAGCCUCGGUUCCUGGUUCUGUACGGGUCUCAGAAAGGCCAGGCCCAGUCCAUAGCGGAGGGGAUAGCUGACGAGGCCGAGGAGAGGGGACUGUUUGCUGAUAUCUGCUGCUUGAGUGAAGGACACAAGUUUAACUUGGAGAAGGAGAGUUCUCCUGUGGUGUUCGUUGUGUCGACCACAGGGGAUGGGGACCCACCAGAUACAGCCCAGAAGUUUGUCAAGAGAAUCAAGAAAAAGACCCUGCCCCGUGACCUCUAUGCACACCUCUGCUAUGCUUUUUUAGCUCUGGGCGAUACAAACUAUGCAGAUUUCUGCAAAUGUGGGAAGACUAUUGACAGCCGUCUACUGGAUCUUGGUGCUAAACAUUUCUAUGCAACAGGACAUGCAGACGACGGUGUAGGGCUCGAGUUGGUGUUGGACCCCUGGCUUGAAGGACUGUGGGAGGCGAUCAGAGAAGCGUUAUCCAAGAUGGCCGCCCCUCAGCCUGAGAGAGAUGGCCAUGUUAGGGACCAGAGAGUAUCGUCGAACGAAACGCCGGAAUCGUCAGCAACAGACAUCAAACUCCACCUCCUGAGUCUCAACGAAUCAGAAUCCCAGAUCACCAAAUCCCUCACAACAGCAGCGAGUGCUAAGACUGAUUCUUUGGCUGUUUUGGCAUCAGAGACCGGGAGCUCAGUUACUGAUCUCAUAACGGUGUCAGCGACCGAUAACACUGGGACUGCUCUUAAACUUGAUAGUGUUGUCUCUGAACGCAAGUCAGUGUUGACGACACAGAGUGGACAGACUGGGGCUCCCCCUGCUGUUGUAGAGGCCUCUCUGACACGAUCCUUGCCUCCGCUGUCUGAGUUGGCCCUCAACAUCCCAGCUCUGCCUCCACCCUACCUGGAUGUCAUGCUUCAGGAAGCCACCAUAGAAGAAGAGACCAAUGCUCCGGUCAGUAAGGAGACUCUUCACGAGGUUCCCAUCUCCAGGGCAGUCCAGCUGACCAGAGACGACUCAGUUAAAACAGCCCUUCUGAUCGAGAUGGACAUCUCAUCCCACCCUAUGGCCUACCAGCCUGGGGACUCGCUUGAUGUGCUCUGCCCUAACAGAGCCUCCGAGGUGGGGGAGCUGCUCCGUAGACUGGGCCUAGAAGAUCAGAAGAGCAACCGCAUCCAGCUCUCACUACAAAAAGAAACCAAGAAGAAAACUGCUCAGAUCCCCUCCUACAUCCCAGAGAACAGCACUCUGCACUACCUGCUCACCUGGAGUCUGGAGAUCAGGACUGUCCCUAAGAAGGCGUUCCUCCGUUCCCUGGUGGAGUGUACAGGAGACAGUGGUGAGAAGAGGAGACUACAGGAGCUGUGUAGUAAACAGGGAUCAGCCGACUACAACCUCUAUGUCAGAGACCACAACCUCGGCCUAUUGGACCUGCUCACAGCUUUCCCCGCCUGCCAGCCCCCUCUCAGCCUCCUCAUAGAACAUUUGCCCAAACUGCAACCAAGACCGUACUCCGCGGCAAGCUCCAGUUUAAGACAUCCAGGUCGGCUGCACUUUGUUUUCAACAUCAUAGAGUUCCCAGCAUGCGCAUGGAGACCCGUGGGGAGGCGUGGCCUGUGUACUGGUUGGCUCUCUGACCUAGUUGAUCCCAUCCUGGUGCACCCUGGGAAGGCUCAGUCCUCCAGCACCCCAGCCCUCCCUAAGGUCCAUGUGUGUGUGCGUCAGAACUGCUCCUUCCGCCUGCCCUCUGACCUCUCCAAACCCUUCAUCAUGAUUGGACCAGGCACCGGGGUUGCACCCUUCAUUGGAUUCCUACAACAAAGGGAGAAGGAGAGGGAGGAAAACCCAGAGGCGGAGUUCAGUGAGACCUGGCUAUUCUUCGGUUGUCGCCAUAGAGACCGAGACUUCCUGUUUAGAGAGGAGCUGCAGGGGUUUGUGGCCAGUGGAAUCCUCACCCAUCUGAAGGUGUCUUUCUCACGGGACACUCAGGAGGGAACAGAAACACAGACCGAGACGGGACCCAGAUACGUCCAACACAACCUGCUCAGCCAUGCCAAAGACAUCGUCAACCUCCUCCUCAAGGAGAAUGGGUACCUCUAUGUCUGCGGUGAUGCUAAGAACAUGGCUAAAGAUGUAAACGACACCCUGAUAGAGAUGGUAUCAGCAGAGCUUCAGCUGGAUAAACUGGACGCCAUGAAAAGACUGGCCGGACUCAGGGAGGAGAAACGUUAUCUUCAGGACAUCUGGAGCUGAAAGAAUUCACACCCCUUGACUUUUUCUACAUUUUUUUUUGUAUUACAAGUUGGGAUUGAAAUGUAUGUAAUUGUCAGGCCAGCAUCCCGGAGUCGCCUUUUCACUGUUGACGUUGAGACUGGUGUUUUGCAGGUACUAUUUAAUGAAGCUGCCAGCUGAGGACUUGUGAGGCGUCUGUUUCUAAAACUAGACACUCUAAUGUACUAGUCCUCUUGCUAAGUAGUGCUCCGGGGACUCCCACUCCUCUUUCAAUUCUGGUUAGCGCCAGUUUGCGCUGUUCUGUGAAGGGAGUAGUACACAGUGUUGGACGAGAUCUUCAGUUUCUUGGCAAUUUCUCACAUGGAAUAGCCUUCAUUUCUCAGAACAAGAAUAGACGGACAAGUUACAGAAGAAAUGUAUUUGUUUCUGGCCAGUUUGAGCCUGUAAUCGAACCCACAAAUGCUGAUUCUCCAUAUACUCAGCUAGUCUAAAGAAGGCCAGUUGUAUUGCUUCUUUAAGCAGAACAACAGUUUUCAGCUGUGCUAACAUAAUUGCAAAAGGGUUUUCUAAUGAUCAAUUAGCCUUUUUAAAAUGAUAAACUUGGAUUAGCUAACACAACGUGCCAUUGGAACACAGGAGUGAUGGUUGCUGAUAAUGGGCCUCUGUACGCCUUUGUAGAUAUUCCAUACAAAAUUAGCCGUUUCCAGCUACAAUAGUCAUUAACAAAAUGAACAAUGUCUACACUGUAUUUCUGAUCAAUUUGAUGUUAUUUUAAUGGACAAAAAAUUGUGCUUUUCUUUCAAAAACAAGGACAUUUCUAAGUGAAUUCAUUUUCAAUACAUUACCAAACAUUUCUAAAAACAUGUUUUCACUUUGUCAAUAUGGGGUAUUGUGUGUAGAUGGGCGAGAAGAGAAAUAUAUUUAAUCCAUUUUGAAUUAAAGCUAACAACAAUGUGGAAUAAGUCAAA